AUGGUCAAUCUCCCAUUCCCAUUCAGCGAGAUUCCUCGCGUCCGAUUGCUCUAUGAUCGGCCCAUAGACAUUGAGCGGCUGGAUCGGCUCGCCAAGCUCGAGGGGAUAAGCACGACCAGCCUCUGGAUCGCCCGUGACGAUUGCAACUCCGGUCUCGCAUUUGGAGGCAACAAGGUGCGGAAGCUAGAGUACGUUUUGGCAGACGCAAUCAAUCAAGGUGCGGAUACUUUGGUUACGACCGGCGGAACCCAGUCGAACCACAUGCGGCAGACCGCUGCGGCUGCAGCAAAACUAGGUCUGAAAGUAGCGCUGUUCCCAGUUGACGUGGUCCCGUCAGGGGACCCAGAGUACAAGUACGCCGGCAACAUCCAGCUCAAUGAGAUCCUCGGGGCCGAGACAUUUCCGGCCAACACCAGCCAGGACGACGUCAUCUCCGCCCUGACGACCCGCGGAAGGAAACCGUACGUGAUCCCUGCGGGGGCGAGCACGCACCCCCUGGGCGGCCUGGGCUACGCCAGGUGGGCCUUCGAGCUGCUCGACCAGGAGGACAGGCUCGGGGAACCCUUGGGACACAUCAUCGUGGUGGCGGUCGGGUCCGGCUCGACGCUGGGCGGCAUGGUCGCCGGCUUCAAACUCGCGCAGCAGCUCGGCAGGAAUGGCGCGCGGAAACGCCUGGUCGGCUACUCGAUCCUGAGGAAGCCCGAACAGGACGUGGCGGGGUUGGUCCUGGACAUUGCGCGGACCACGGCGGAGAAGAUUGGGCUGGAUCCCGCGUCCAUCACCAAGGACGACUUUGAGAUUGACUAUGACUACCUUGGCGGCUCGUACGGCCACCUUGAUGAGCGGACGGCGGACGGCAUCAAGACGCUGGCGAGGGCGGAGGGGAUCCUCACGGAUCCGGUGUACACCGGCAAGGCGUUCACUGGGCUGCUGCACACGGCGAAGCAGGGAGGGUUUGACGGGAACGCGACGCUGUUUCUGCAUACUGGUGGGCAAGCCGCUUUGAGUGCGUACCCGAAACUCAAGCAGUGA